AUGACCUUAUCUCCGAAUCUGUCAACCGUUCGUGCUAUCGGCUGCGUGCACCACUUGAUUAUUCAAUUACAAUGGGGCUCCGGUAGGAAAAUCACUUCUCCGAUUGCCACUCUCAGUUCAGCUCGAGCUGAUUUAGUUCCGAUGGUUCAUUGCGCUCAGCCUGCAUCAUCAUCUGGGUCGGCAUCUAGUUGGCGUUCCACGACACCACAAACAUCUCCGUCAGCGGUGAAUGCUCUUUUCCGAAGCAACCUCUCAACACCCACAUCAAAAUCAACUCCUGCGGGAUUUCGUUACCCGAAACCGGUUGUCCAAACAGAUCGCCUCGUGCUAUCCUGUCAGACCACCACUGUGCGCCUUACUCUAUCGCGCAAAAACUAUGACAUAUUGCUGUCUGUGAUUUCAGCUAUUUCUCGGCAGCUUGAUCGACUAGGCUCCAGAGAAAUAACGACAGAACGGUCCACAAAGAUGGAAUUUUCGGCCACCGGGGUUGAGGAUUUGGAUGAAGAAUCUUUACCGGACUUCAUUCUGCCCUCCUAUACAGAUCCCGUAUCCAAACUUCUUCAAAUUCUCAAUUGGCCCGAAUCGUUCUCACGUGCGAUUUCUACGGACUUGAACCUAUUUGAGUUCAACUCUCGUUUGGUUUUAUCGCUAUUCGAAAUCACAUCUGAUGGAUUGAUCCCUCUGUUCAAAUUGCGCGCGGACCAAUUCACCAUGUCUUGGCGUCAAUUGACCAACCAAUCCGGCGCGGCCGUAUGUUCUGGACUCUCUAUCAGUUACUUCAAUCGUGACUUAGUCUGCUGGGAGCCGGCUCUAGAGCCUUGGACCUGUUCCUUGGAAUGGAAUCCCACCGUAAACAAUGGUUUCUCAAGGAUUACCAGUCUAUUUUUCUCAUCCUCGGAUCCACUAAAUAUUAAUUUGACCAUUCCAUUGGUUUCGCUUAUUCGCGCUCUGUGCGAGCCGACAAAAGCGAAAGAAUGUGUGGAAGAGACAAUCAACAAAUCCAGUUCAAAUGGAGUGAUCGGUCAGAGUCAAUUGCGAUUGUCCAACCAGACGGGGUCGACGAUUUGGUAUUGCUUGGUUCAGCCAGACGCACCCACCGGUGUGAUGACAUCGUCCAGUCCGUCGGAUUCAACCACUCAGAUAUGGCAGAAGGUAGAAAAAGAUUCGGAUCCUAUCGAUAUUCCCUGUGCGGAAUGCCCAUUGUUAUCCCACAAUGCAGAUAAUGCACCAGCAGGGAUUCAGUCUGGUACAUCUCCCGCCAGUAACUCGCCUGCAGAGAACUUCUGUCUCUUGCAUCUGUCGCACCAAUUACCGCGACUUGCGAUUCAAGUUGCCGGUUGGAAAGCCGCCUUACCGAUUUCUGUCGAUCGCCCCGGAGUGUUCUUCCGUACCCUUGAACGCCAAGAAGCGCUAGAGAUUGAUGUGGACGACCCGGCUUGGGCUAUUCAAUGUAAUCUGCCAUCACAUACUCGUCUUGUCGUCGAGGUGGUCCGUAUCGGUUCUCUUCAGCAUCUGGUUAUCCUGCGAUCUGGCCUGACCGUUACCAAUGACCUACCGAUUGGACACACAUUGUUUGUCGCAAUGCAACUCAGUCCAUUUGUCACGGAAGUGAACAAUCCAGCAGACGAUGCGUGGUCUAGCCAAUUGGUCUUACUGGAAUCGAAUAAUCUCAGCGGUUCUAUCGAUCAACGCGUUCCGUUGCUUUCUCUUGAAUCUGGUCAAACUUCGUCCAUCCCUUUAAACUUAACUGCUGCUGCUUCAGUUGGUCUCGGUUUUCUUACUUUCUGUCCAGCCGGACGAAUAGUUCCCAUAUCCACAGCCACCCCCUUAUUGCAACGACCAUCCGGCAGUAGAACGGCUCCUCGAGGCAGUGGGGGUUAUUCUUGGGCUUCUGUUCACGUGCCCCAUACUUUACCUGAGUACGCUAUGGAUAGCAGUAUUAGAGAUCUGGUGGAAGCGAUUCUCAUGUCACACGCGUUCGUCUCUGUUGGACAACCGGGCCUUUUGGACAUUCCCGUAAUGAACCGUGAAGAACGAAAAGACUCAAGCCAACAAGAAACGUCCGUUCGCACCGCUUCACACUUGUCAACUCAUGGUUCAUCAUCCUCUUUCGGAUCGUCCGCUGCUCGGCGUCCCAGUACUGCCCUGCCCUAUUACAUGUGUCUUGCCCUUGUACGCGACCGCUUUCCCCCGGAUCCGAUCUGGGUUGGUUUGUAUAAUUCGCUGGACACCAACCGUUAUACCCACCCCCGUCAAUUACCCGGACAUCAUUUUACAAUUGGUCCCGCAGUGCGCAUUACCAAUCUGCUACCGUACGAGAUGACAUAUUUCUUUGCGGGCACCUCGGUCUACGGUGUCAUUCCAGUUGGUGAGAACGCUUGUGUCCUCGAGGUGCAAGUUUUAUCCCGUGCCGGUGGACCGCGGCAUUUAACCGUGAGCGCAGUGAUCUGGCUUGUGAAUGAAUCCGGACUGCCUCUCGUAUUUGCCCAAUCACCGACUUCUACCAGUUCACAGUCUCAUUCCAAGACACAGAAAUCACUUGCUAAUAUUUCGGCUGGUCAGUACGAGGAACAUGAACAGGCUCGAUCGGUCGCACCACUCCUGUUUUGCUUUGCAAAAAAGAACGAAGGUCAUUUGUUGAAGGUGCGCGUCGGGCGUGGGGCCAGUACCAAACGUUGGCGCGCAAACGAGGCACGUAAAACUGACAAAUCGGGUGUGGAACCGUCAAGUUUAUGUCCGGUUUGGUCUCCCGGCAUAUCCCUGGAGAAACCGGGAGUGGAUAUGUUACAAUUAAAAAUCGUCGAUCGCUCGAAUCGGUAU